AUGGUUUUUGAAACGAUACAGCCGGGUCCUCCGGAUCCGAUGAACCUGCUCAAGACAACCGCCGACGCAGACACCAGUCCGGACAAGGUUGAUCUUGGAGUCGGAAUCUACCGGAACGAAGAGGGAAACUAUCAGGAGCUGGCGUCCGUGAGGGAGGCCAAGGUGCGACUACUACAGAAUGAUCCUGGGCAUGAUUAUGAAUGCACAACCGGCAACGUGGACUUCAUCAGACAUGCAGCCGGCGUCAUGUUCGGCCGGGACAGCGACCUCGUCGCCGGCGGCAAGAUCGCCUCUGUGCAGACCAUAUCCGGCACCGGGGCGGUGCACCUGGCAGCGCAGUUCAUCUCGCGCUUCGUCAAGCCCUCGCCGACCGUCUACGUCGGCACGCCGACCUGGGGCAACUACCGGCCGCUGUGCGAGCUGGUGGGGCUGCGGGUGGUCGAGUUCGAGCAGUACGACGCCGGGCGGCGCGCGCUCGACUUCCCCGCCGUCCUGGCCGCCGUCCGCUCCGCCCCGCGCGGGAGCGUCUUCGUCCUGCAGGCCUGCUGCCACAACCCGACGGGCAUGGACCCGACGCGCGCCCAGUGGGACGAGCUGCGGGCCGCCGUGCGCGACAUGGGCCACUUCCCCGUCUUUGACAAUGCGUACCAGGGCCUCGGGGACGGCCUGGACGAGGACGCGUACGCGGUGCGGUCCUGGGCCGCCGAUGGCAUCGAGAUGUUUGUCUGCCAGUCCUUCAGCAAGAACUUUGCCCUGUACGGGGAGCGGUGCGGCGUCCUGCAUGCCUUCUGCCCGGCCGGCGCCGGCGCGGCCCGCAACGUCCACGAUCAGCUGAGGUGCCUGAUCCGCUGGGAGUUUUCGUCCUCGCCGGCCUAUGGGUCGAGGCUGGUGCGUGGGAUCCUGGGUUCUGAAGAGCUCAGGGUGAAAUGGGAAAAUGAACUCUCUGCCAUGCGGAAAAGACUAAAGGGUAACCGCGAGCUUCUAUUCAAACUUCUGACUGAGGAAUACAAGACGCCUGGAAACUGGCAACACAUACUCGAGGAGAAAGGCCUCUUCUCCUACCUCCGACUAAGCCCCGCCCAGUGUCGAGCUCUGGUCGACAAGCAUCAUAUAUAUCUUCCUACCAACGGCCGCAUAAACAUAUCUGGGCUGAACGAUGCAAACGCGAAAAAGGUUGCCUGCAAAAUAGACGAGGUUAUACGGGAUACCCAGUAG